UACGCUCCAAGAUGGCGGCCCCCAUGGUGCGGUGUGGGACGCUCCUGGCUCGGAGAAUUUCCGCGUCUCGCCUUGCCCCGGCAGGUAAAAGAUGCCUACUUUCCGCAGCGUAUGUGGACAGCCACCAGUGGGAAGCGAGAGAGAAGGAGCAAUACCAUCUGGCUGAUCUUGCAUCCUUAAUGGACAAAGCGUAUGAAAGAAAAUUGCCUGUUAGUUCUUUAGCAGUAUCACGGUUUGUGGACAACAUUUCAUCUCGAGAAGAUAUCGACUCUGCAGAGUACUAUCUUUACAAAUUUCGACACAGUCCCAACUGCUGGUACCUAAGGGACUGGACCAUCCACACCUGGAUCAGGCAGUGUCUGAAAUAUGGAGCCCAGGACAAAGCCUUGUAUACUCUUGUUAAUAAGGUUCAGUAUGGAAUUUUUCCAGAUAACUUUACAUUCAACUUACUGAUGGAUUAUUUCAUAAAGAAAGAAAAUUACAAAGAUGCUUUAUCUGUGGUUUUUGAGAUCAUGAUGCAAGAAGCCUUUGAAGUGCCGUCCACCCAGCUUCUCUCCCUCUAUGUUUUAUACCGUUGCCUAGCAGAGAAGACGGACCUCACAUGGGAAGAAGAAAGAGACUUUGGUGCGUCCCUGUUGCUCCCUGGCCUGAAACAAAGGAACACAGUGGGCUUGAGUUCCCAGCUGUAUGGCUGCGCACUUCUCGGGAAGGUGGAACUGCAGCGUGGGCUGCAGGCUGUGUACCGCGGCAUGCCUCUCAUGUGGACACCAGGCUACCUUGACAGAGCCCUUCAAGUGAUGGAGAGGGUCGCCUCCUCAGCUGAAGAUCUCAAGCUGUGUAGAGAAGCGCUCGAUGUGCUGGAUGGAGUCCUGAAGGUGGUGACGGCUCCAGAUGGCCAGGCUUCAGAGACACAGCCCCAGGAAGGCGAAGACAGCUUGGGCUCCGCAAACCUAGUGGAGCAGCUAGACACGGAGGAACCAGAGCAGUCCAAGCUGCCCCAGUACCUAGAGCGCUUUCAGGCCGCUCGGUCUAAACUGGAGGAGCUGAACAGAGUUGAGUCCGAAAGUCUUCUGACUCUGACCACCCAGCUUGUAAGAGAAAAACUCCCCGCCUGUGAGGCCGAGGACCUGGCCACCUACGAGCAGAAACUCCGUGAGUGGCACCUGGAGCAGAUGCAGUUGAUCCAGAGGGAGCAGGAACAGAGGGAGAAGGCGAAGCAAGAGUACCAGGCGCUGAGUGCGGCCGAGAAUGCAGCCUAAAGUGCCCCGGCCACCCCAGCGUCCACCAGGACAGGAUGGGCUCGCUCGGCCUCUGCUGCCCAGUUCUUCUCUUACAGGACGCUGUGCAUAGCCACGAUGAGCUGUAUGCCGGCACACUGUCUGCCCAUCUAGACGUCAAGGACAAGGAGCUAAGGGAGUGGCCGGGUGGGCUGAAGUCCCCAGCUCAAUCUCUCACAGCAGCUGUCAAGGCUGGAGUCCUGGGCCCAGACUGGAAAUAUGGGGUGCGCAUGAUGAGAAGCUACGGCUGAAGACUCGGGUCUGCAGCACGGGCGUUUAAAUGAUUUCCUGUCCCUGCCCGUGGACAUGGGUCUGCGGGCUUCAUGCCCUGAUGUUGGUAAACCGAGAUCCACCCACAUUCCAGAACCGGGUGCUCCUUUACCCACUUCCAGUGACUCAGCAAGAAUGGCCACCAUGCUAGCAGCAGUCAGCUGUGACACAUCUCCACUGUGAACACUGGCCUCGUUCUCCCUGGGCGUGUGUGCCAUAUAUAAAGAGGCACCUUUGUGGCCUGCCCCUUCCCAUCUUGCUCAGAAGUACCCUUGUGCAUUCCUGCCUCCCAGUAAACCUUACCCAUGUGA